UGUGUAUCCACGCCAGCUGAAGUGUGAUGUUUUCACCGCUCAUUUCAUACUUUAACCUACAGUGUUUUAUCUCGUGAAAAGGUUUGAAUUGUUUCUUAAAGGAAAACAAACCACCACCAGACAUGCAGACAGAGAAAGAGGAUGAGGACGAUGCAUCGCCUGAAGAGUGCUUUGCUCGGUCCGAUUUCACUGGAGGUGGCAGCGACCAGCUUAGUUUCAGCAGCGGGGACAAACUGCUUGUGCACGCCAAGCCUUCAUCAGACUGGUGGUGGGCAGAGCUGCGGGGGGUCGGAGGUUAUGUCCCUGCCAGCUACUUGCGCACGGGUGCUGCUGGGGAGGAGGAGGAGGUGGAGGUGGAGGUGGAAGACGACGAAACCUCCCUGGAGGAUCCAUGGCAGGAUGAAGAAUACUUUGGCAGUUAUGGGACACUGAGGCUUCACUUGGAGAUGUUGUCAGACAAGAGUCGCACUGAGGCGUACCGGCAGGUCAUUCGCAGCAACAGUGCUUCCCUGAGGAAUAAGGUGGUGAUGGACCUCGGCUGUGGGACUGGCAUCAUCAGUCUGUUCUGCGCUCAGCUGGCACAACCCUCAGUGGUGUAUGCCGUGGAGGCGAGCUCCAUGGCGGAUUACACCAGACAGCUGGUGAAGCAGAACGAAUAUGAGGAGGUGGUUACGGUGCUCCAGGGGAGAGCUGAGGAGAUCGAGCUACCUGAGCAAGUGGACGUCCUGGUGUCUGAGUGGAUGGGUAACUGCCUGCUGUUUGAGUUCAUGGUGGAGUCAGUCCUACUGGCCCGGGACCGCUGGCUGAGGGAAGGUGGUGUAAUGUGGCCCUCUUCUGCAGCCCUCGCCCUGGUGCCAUGUCAGGCUGACACCUAUUACGCAGAGAAAAUGGCCUUCUGGGAGAGACCCUAUGGCCUGGACUUCACCCCUCUUCAGCCUUUGGCACAGCAGGAGUUCUUCACCAAACCCAAGUUCAGCCACCUCAUUGAGCCCAGUGACUGCCUCAGCGCUCCCUGUGAUGUCAUCUACCUGGACAUGUACACUCUGCAAGUCAAAGACCUGGAGGAAAUAAAGGGUCAAUUUCAUUUCUGUGUGGAGAAGUCUGGUGUUUUCCACGGAUUCACUGCCUGGUUCACUGUUCAUUUCGAGAGCCUGGAGACAGGAGGUGCAACAGUGGAGCUGAACACCGGACCUAACUCUGAGCCGACACACUGGAAGCAAACUCUGUUCAUGCUCGACAGGCCGGUCAGCGUGUAUGCAGGAGACUCGAUCAGUGGAACCAUUGUCCUGCGCAGGAACCCUGUCUGGAGACGCCACAUGACCGUUACGCUGCACUGGAACAUUAACAGCACCACAGAGGAAUCAGACAACUGCCAGGCAAACAUCAAAUCUGUCGGGACAAAGAGUUUCCCCAUGUGGAGGUGACAGACCCUCACUGUGUCCAUCAGCGGUGGAGAUCCACAGAAAACCACUCUAAUGCAACCUCUGUCAAGUUUAGCAUCAGUGAGGGAUCAGCUGUGAGCUGCUGCUGACCUGUAAUGGAGUGUGUCAUUCAUAUUACAAUGAACGUGACGAUCCCUCAUCUGGGAGGAUAUGUACUCGUACUGUGGUACGCCGGUUAACUGCAGGCCCAGGUGAUUCAACAAACCAUGAUUAAUGUAGUACGAGCAGGUUAGCAGGAAAGAAUUGACAUGCUUAAUAUGAACUGUGGAGCACUACUUUAACUUCAACUUAAACACUUAUUGGGCUCAGUGGGGAAAAUAGGUUUUAUAGACGACAGUGUUGUGACGACAAUGUUUAACAACUGAAACAAAACAUGUUUAAACAGAUAUUUGUGCUCUCAGGUGCAACAAAAGAAAUGUUUAAGUCCA